ACGCGCCAAGGAGAUUGCUGAAUAUGCUGGAGCUGGUGAGAGCACGACAUCUCUUGGUGUGCAGUCGUCUGUAGAGUCAAUCUCUUCGUCGCGGAGUCGAUACAGGUCAAGUUCGAAGCCAUAUGAAGAAGACGUGCCGAACUCCAUGCUGCUUAAUCUCCGUUAUUUCUUGGAGAUGGUCGAUACGAAGCAUAGAUAUGGCACGAACUUAGCAGUCUACCAUGAACAGUGGCAGAGAGAGAAGACGAAUCAAAAUUUCUUCUACUGGCUUGACUACGGCGAUGGCAAAGACGUUGAUCUCGCCAUGUGCUCGCGAGAAAAGCUGGAGAAAGAACGGAUUCGCUAUUUGUCGAAGGAAGAACGGAAAGACUACCUUGUUGAAGUCGAUGAGAAAGGCUUGCUACGCUGGGCCAAGAAUGGCGAGUUGAUCACGACUUCGAGUGAGCAAUACCAGGAUUCAAUGCAUGGCAUAGUCCCAGCUGGCUCAAACGAGCCAAGAUUCAACGAUGAAGAAAUCCAAAGGAAACGCUCAGAAGAUGCAUCAUUCUCCCAGAAGCUGGCGACAGUAGGAGGCAUGUUCAAGGACGCCAUUAAGUCAUCAGAAACAAAAUAUGACAAAACAUCAUCAUCUUCAUCCUCCUCCAGCUCAAUAUCAUCACUAAGCGACCAAGGAGAAGUCGCAAUGGCGCAACAUACUGCGCACGAUAUGGCAGAUGCGGGCAUGACCUCCCAAACGAAGUCGAAAAAGUCGAAAAAGAAACUCCACGUCUCACCCGCCACAAUCCUCAACCACCUCCUCCGCGCCUCCGUCCGUCCAGGCACUUGGAUCUACGUAGCCGACACCGUCGGACGUCUCUACGUCGGCAUAAAAUCUAGCGGAGCAUUCCAACACGCCUCCUUUCUGUCGGGUGCCCGAAUCUCCUCAGCAGGAAUCAUCGGCGUCACAAACGGUCAACUCACAUACCUAUCUCCCCUAUCCGGCCACUAUCGUCCGACAACAAAAUCUUUCAAACGCUUCAUCGAGAAGCUCAAGUCGCAAGGUGUGGAUACAUCACAUCUGAAAGUCAGCAGUGCUUAUAAGAUUUUGCUGGGGAUGGAAUAUUAUGGGACGACGAAGAAGGGGAUGAAAGCGAUUUUGCAUCCGGAGCGAGAGGGAAGGGAGAGGAAGGCGAAGAAGGAGAUUUUGAGGAAGAAUGAUUUGUUACAUCCUGUGACUUUGCCGGCUGCUACUGCAACGGAACAGGUUGAGUAUAAUUGGAAGAGGAGGAAGGAGGUGCAGGAACACAGGGGUCUGGGGAAGUUGAUGGAUGAUUUGAAUAUUCGGAGGAAGAGUCAGGAUGGAAGGUAGUUGAAGUAGUCAUGGAAAUGCCUCGUUCUGUGCAACAUGUGAG